CCCUUUCAAACAGCAGACAUCAGCGCGCUUGGGUUUGACCGAUUUAAGCCAUGGCCGACAUCUCAAGUCCAAACAUGGUCUUGCGCGAGCGAAAUGCCACACCAGAGGAAAAUCCAAAGCUUCUGACGACUGCUGAGAAGAAGGAGACGCCGGAAGCGAAAAGUCACCCAAUUCUGGCUCCAUCACCGGUUCGUUGCCGCAAGCUUGAACCAUCGCUGCAGGCCUGGGUGGCAUCUCAACGCUCCACGCCCGCACAGCUUCCAAAUGUGGCGCCAUCCGAGGCCCGUGGACGUGAACGCGAGCGCUACUCUCGUCAUGAAUGGUCCACCAGCUUGCGUCAAGACACUGAAACCAAGCAAUUCUGGGGCAAGGAAUUUCAGCCCACGGUGCCUCAGGGGCCUCGUCUUCGAACUGAAGAGCGUUCCAGGUCUCGAAGCUGCUCAUCCUCCCGCGAAUGGACACCGCAGGGCACACCAACCAGGCGACCACAAUCGCGCUCAAUGACUCCGGGCCGUGGCAUGCCAGAAAAGGAGCAGGUGGCAGUGGAACACUACUUGAGCCGCAUGUCGUUGGCUCGCCUGGAUUCGCCCAUGCGGAAGUUUGCCUUUGGUUCCUCCAUUGAACGAGGAGUGGCACCUUCUCCGGCACGAUCCAAUGCCAGUUCUCGGACUUCUGAGCUCAGCAGGGAUUCGAGGCUCUCGCAGCUCUCGCGGCGCAGUCUGUCGAAGGAUUUGCUCAGCACUGAGGAUCGGGAGUGCCUGCAGGCUGCCGAGGAACGAAGGCUUCUGAGGAAGCAGCUCCGUCGCAAUCGUCGCAAGUACAAGGAGGCCUUGCUGGGGGGCGGCCUCACCGAGCGCUGCACGGAUCGGACGCUGACCACGCCCAUGGCCCCCGACCUGAUGACCACUUACCGUGGCUCGCGCAUGCGCAGCUCCUCUUGGCAUGGUGCAGACCACUCUCUCUCAUUGAGGUCAUCUGAAGGAUCUGAGUCGCGUGUCCUGAAGAAACAUCCAAAUCCAAGGGAGCAGGCCGCCAUCGAACGUCACUUGGAGCAGCGCUUUGCCGCCCUGGCCCCUGCGCCCUUCAAAGAUAUCAUGGACGUGGCGGUGCCGACCCGCAAGGUGAAGGAGGCGACCAUUCCAGAAGGAGUUGAUCAUGAUGAAUGGAUCCAGGCUGCCGAAACCACCGAGGAGCGAGCUGAGCGGGCUCGUGCAGUUGCCCUUGCCAAGCGUGACUCGGAAUGGGAGCAGCAGCGCUCGAAGCUGUGCGUCUUCAGGCCCAGCACUGGUGCUGCGCCCAUCAUGACUCCGAAGAAGGACCCAGCCAGCCCGCAGGGCCCGCAGGUGGAACAGCCGGACGGCGACGGAUCGGAUUGAGCUCAGACUAUGGUCAGCUUAGUGAGUGCAAUCUUGAUUUGCUGUAAAUUCGGUGAAUGACAAAUUCGAUGCAGCUUGGCUACCUCCGCGGCACUUUGCAACUCUGCGGUUGCUUCGGAAAUGUGCCACGUGGAAAA